GAAGGGUCAUCUCAGAAGGGCAUUUUGGUCAAAUCUUACGUUCCACGCCUACCACAGAAAUCAAUAGAAAAUAUAAAUGCCCGAUGUUCUUAGGUUUUCGAUCUUUGGGAGAUCUUGCUACAGUGACUGCACAUAGCAAACGACGUCGUUUCAUCAUCGCCUGAAUUCAUCGAUCUCCAUAUCCUUCCCAUUAAUUUAUCGUUGUCUCUCCUUGGAUCCAAAAAUUUUUACACAAAUUUAAUUUCGCCAUCAAAUUCUGCACAGAAUGCCGGAGAACUUUGGGGCAUGAGAUUUUCUCGAGAAAAUUAUGAGGAGUUCUUUCUGGGUGGACGAUGGGAGUGUGAAUGUGACGUCGACCUCGAGUUCGCAGACUCGUAUUCCUCAGGCUGUUCCAAGCCACCACCCCAAUUCCAGACACAGUGGAAGCAAUGUCUAUCGACUGCUAGCACGGAGAGAGGUUGCUCCGCGAACAAAGCAUUCAUUAAAAAGGUUAUGGGGAGACGCUUCUAAAUGGCAUCACAAUUCCAUUGGUCCAAGGUGUGAAGCAGCGAGAAAUGCAAGAUGUGGUCUUAUCUCAUGGGUGGAGGCAGAAUCAUUGCGGCAUUUAUCUGCAAAAUACUGCCCACUGUUACCUCCUCCAAGGUCCACUAUCGCAGCUGCCUUUAGUCCUGAUGGAAAAACACUUGCUUCUACACAUGGAGAUCAUACAGUGAAGAUUAUUGAUUGCCAAAAUGGCAGCUGCUUGAAGGUGUUGAGUGGUCACCGGAGGACACCUUGGGUGGUUAGAUUUCAUCCACUCUAUCCUGAAAUACUUGCAAGUGGAAGUUUGGAUCAUGAAGUUCGAUUGUGGGAUGCAAGUACUGCAGAGUGCAUAGGGUCACGUGACUUUUACCGUCCCAUUGCUUCAAUUGCUUUCCAUGCCCAAGGGGAGCUUCUUGCUGUAGCUUCAGGACACAAGCUAUACAUAUGGCACUAUAAUAGGAGAGGAGAGACAUCCUCACCAACCAUUGUAUUGAAGACACGACGUUCCCUUCGGGCUGUGCAUUUUCAUCCACAUGCUGCUCCAUUUCUUUUAACUGCUGAGGUCAAUGACCUUGACUCUUCAGAUUCCUCAAUGACCCUUGCAACUUCUCCUGGUUACUUGCGCUAUCCUCCUCCUACUGUAUAUUUGGCUGAUGCUCAUUCUAGUGAUCGUUCUAGUUUGGCCGACGAACUACCACUUAUGUCUUUACCAUUUUUUAUCUGGCCUUCAUUUGCUAGAGAUGAUGGGAGAAUCUCUCUGCAGCAUACUGAUGGAGUUGCUGGUCCAAGUAUUGCACAACAGAGAGUGGAUCAUUCUACUUCAGUGCGCCUUUUGACAUAUUCAACACCAUCAGGGCAGUAUGAACUGCUGUUGUCUCCUAUGGAACCUAGUAGCUCCUCCCCUAUGCCAGAGGAGACAGGAACCAAUUCCUUCUUGAGGGAAAUGGAAAAUUCGGUUCCUCAACCUGCAAUGGAUGCUAUGGAUACAACAGAAGUGCAGCCUGAAGAGAGAAGUAAUCAGUUUUUCCCUUUUGGUGACCCUUCAUAUUGGGAGCUCCCUUUCUUGCAAGGGUGGUUAAUUGGCCAGAGCCAAGCUGGCCAACGUACGAUCCGUCCACUUAGUGGCUCUGGUCAUGAAAAUCCAUCUUCAUUUGGUGAAACUGAAACUCCUGCUCCCAUGGUUUCCUCAGUAAUGUCAACUAGUAUUAGCCAAUCUAGGGUUACAGGAAGAUCAAGUUCGCGACAUAGAUCUUCUCGUUCCCGGGCAGCAACUGGGUCUGCAGAAGGUGCUUUUUUAAACAUUGGACAGGAUGAAAGUGGUUUGCAGCCUGUUGUUAGCAGAAUCCAAUCUGAACUUGCCACCUCCCUGGCUGCAGCAGCAGCUGCAGAAUUACCUUGUACUGUGAAGCUGAGAAUAUGGCCACAUGAUAUCAAAGAUCCAUGUGCCUCUCUUGAUGCAGAGCGAUGUCGCUUAACUAUACCUCAUGCCGUUCUUUGUAGUGAAAUGGGAGCCCAUUUUUCGCCCUGUGGGAGAUUUUUGGCAGCCUGUGUUGCAUGCAUGCUCCCUCAUUUGGAAGCUGAUCCUGGAUCACAGGGCCAGAUGCACCAUGGUGUCACAGGGGCUGCAACAUCCCCAACACGCCAUCCUAUUUCAGCCCACCAAGUUAUGUACGAGCUUCGGAUCUAUUCUUUGGAGGAGGCAACAUUCGGUUUAGUGCUUGCGUCACGAGCAAUACGAGCUGCUCAUUGUUUAACUUCAAUCCAGUUCUCACCCACAUCAGAGCAUUUAUUACUUGCCUAUGGGCGUCGCCAUAAUUCACUUCUCAAAAGUAUUGUCAUUGAUGGGGAGACAACAGUGCCUAUUUACACAAUUCUGGAGGUCUACAGAGUUUCUGAUAUGGAACUUGUGAGAGUUCUUCCUAGUGCAGAGGAUGAGGUUAAUGUAGCUUGCUUUCAUCCUUCUGUUGGAGGUGGCCUUGUCUAUGGAACGAAGGAAGGGAAACUCAGAAUCCUCCAAUAUGAUAGUUCUCAUGGCAUGAAUUAUACAUCAUCCUGUUUUCUUGAUGAGAACAUGCUUGAGGAUGAGAUCAAGGCAUAUCCAUCUUAUGUUUGUUGUGCUUAGUUGUCGAAUUGCAUCAAUCUUCAUCUCCCAGCAACAUCAGACCCUAAUUCAUACUAAUGUUCCUUCUUCAAAUGCCUGUGAAAUGCUCUAGAAAUUGUAUCUCCCUUUGUUGUCUAGAAGGAAGUAUGUUGUCCACAUCAUUAGGAAAUCCAGCUAACUUUGGAGACAGACAGGUAAUUGCCAAGCAAAAUAUGUGAAACAUCUCUGUAGCAGCUUGUUCAGAUUCCACCCAAGCUUGUAAGGUCUCUGCUUAAACAGCAAUGCUGACGACAAAAAGGAGCAAAAAAAAAAAAAAAAAAAACAGAAAGAGAGAAAAGAGAGUUUCCUAUGUUGAGAAACAUCUAGCGUUUAGUUUAUUUACUCUUGAUAGAUUGUCAUUGUGUCUUUUAAAGCCCCUAAAUGGGGUCUUGAUUGUAACUUGGAAAAAAAGAAAAAAGAAAAAAAGAAAAAAAAAAAAAACAGCCAUUGAGGUAUUUGAUUGUACAUGAUUGAAAAGAUAUAUUUGUACGCUUUUAUUUUUUUAGCAUUUUUUUUUUCUCA